UAACAAUAGUAAUAAUAAUAAUGAUUAUUAUUAUUUAUGAGGGACUUGCCACAGUGAAGCCGAAGCCUGUUUUGUUUCACUGAGCACUUGUGUCAGUGUGAGUUAAGCUGCUGAAGAAUGUUGAAGUGUCCGAUCCGGCUGUUUUUCAAUGAACUCCGAGUGCUGCUGCUGAUGCGCUCCGGGUCGAGCGGGCGGACCGACGAGGGCACAGACCCGGACGCGCAGGCCAGGAUGCGAGGGCUCGCGAUAGGAGGCUGCGGUUGGCCGCCGCUCAGCUGCUCCCACCGGGACGAGGAGGAGCAUCACGGCUGUGACCCGCGGCCCCGCAGCCUGUCGCUGGAGGAGACACAAGGAGACAAGCCCCAGGGAGGAGGCCUGGACGCUGCGUCGCUCCCGAGUCCCCCGGAGAGCGGGACGCGAUCCCCGCAGUGCCGGAUCUGCUUCCAGGGGCCAGAGAAGGGGGAGUUGUUGAGCCCCUGCCGCUGUGAUGGCUCUGUGCGCUGUACCCACCAGUCCUGCCUUAUACGUUGGAUCAGUGAGAGGGGCUCCUGGAGCUGUGAACUGUGCUACUGCAAGUACCAGGUCCUGGCCAUCAGCACCAAGAACCCGCUGCAGUGGCAGACCAUCUCCCUGACUGUGAUUGAGAAGGUGCAGAUCGCAGCCAUUAUCCUGGGCUCUUUGUUCCUCAUGGCGAGUGUCUCCUGGUUGGUGUGGUCCUCUCUCAGCCCUUCAGCCAAGUGGCAGCGACAGGACCUUCUCUUUCAGAUAUGCUACGGCAUGUAUGGCUUCAUGGACAUCGUUUGCAUAGGCCUCAUAAUCCAUGAAGGAUCGUCUGUUUACCGGAUCUAUAAGCGCUGGCAGGCCGUGAACCAGCAGUGGAAAGUGCUGAAUUAUGAGAAAGCGAAGGACUUAGGUGACCGCGUCAGUUCCAGCAGUAAAGGCGCUGGUCGCAUUGAGAGGAACUCUGCUCACACUGUCACGGUCAGCGGACGGCGGGCGAGUCGGCAUGUCAGGACUAUUCUCCACCACCACUGUGGCUAUACUAUAUGGCACAUCCUCAGGCAGUUAAGACCCAGCAGCCUGCACAAUGCCAACCAUGAGGUGGUCAUGAGAGUGACCACUGUAUGAGGCUGGGUAAUAUACAGACAAAUGUGCUUCGAUGUUUAACGGGGAGAUAAAAGUAGUGAUUUGGAUUCAUAAAAAAAAAAAAAGAAAUCCUAAUCUUCCACACAAACACUGCCGUUUACUCUGAGUGUGAUAUUUUGUUUGUAGAUUCUUCCUGAGCUCAAAGUGGACUGUUGAAAAUAUUUCUGAAGUUUGAGCAAAGGGAGAACGCUGAUGUUUUUUUCUUUAAAGACAAAGACUGUGAAAACAUGUUUUGAAAAACAGAACAUUUUGAAAAAGGAAACUUUGGUUCUUAAAGCUAUUUACCUUCUUUUUUUACCACUAUGACCAAUGUUACACAAUACCAUUGAACUAUUUUUCUUUUACUUUGUCUUUUAGAUUUGGAUUGGACUCCAAAUAUAACUGAGAUUUGAUAGUGAAUAUGACUGUACAUAUACAACUAUGGUCCGAGCCUUCGAGGUUCUACCAUGAUCUGGUAGAUUUGAUCAGUUAUCAGGUGAAACUUGCACUGAUGGAUCAAACCCUAUAAAACAAUUGACACAUACACAAUUAAUGAAAAUAUACCCUCAAAGUACAUUUCAUGUUUUGUAAUAAAGAC